GUGAGGGCAACGUUGAAGUGAACCGUCUGCCCUCAGAUACUAGACAGGAUGAACCGGCUACGGUAGUCGGAAGAGGACCAAAAGUCCAAUGCACCUGGCAUCGCUGUUCUAGGCUGUAAUGACACCACUGUGGCUGUAGAGGGCAGUAGCCACUUUGAAUUUGGCGAGAUCAUAUGACGAACUCACAGGAAGACAACGAAGAAGGGAGUACUAUGUUUGUCAAUAAUCCGAACCACAACAAGCUUCAUCUUAGAAGUCAAAUACUUUAGAAAUGUCAUAGAAGCUGGUAAAACGUAGCAUUAAUGUUGCCGUUCUUUCUUGACAAAUCAGAACUUGUUUAACACGCCCACAGUCGAAAAUGUUAGAUGGAAACACAUCUGCACACGACUCGGAGAAGCUCGCUUGUGGAGAUGCAGAGAAGGAGUUGGCUUUGUGUGAAUCAAACGAUCAGGGAUUUAAACCGGUACCAGAGGUCAGCGCCUCCAUCUCCUCCAGGUUUCUGCAGGUUGAACUGGAGCUGAACGCCCACCUCCGGCGACUGUCCUUCAGCGAGCCCGUCCGGUACACCUACAACCCGCUGGAGUACGCCUGGGACACUCACCGCUGUUACGUGGAGAAGUACUGUCAUGGCGGACAAAGGAUCUUGUUUUUGGGGAUGAAUCCAGGACCUUUUGGCAUGGCGCAGACUGGGGUCCCCUUUGGUGAAGUGAAGUCAGUUGUUGAUUGGCUGAAGAUCACAGGGGAGGUUGGACAUCCUCCUGAUGAGCAUCCAAAGCGCCAGAUCACAGGGCUUUCCUGCACUCAGAGUGAAGUGAGUGGUGCACGUUUUUGGGGCUUCUUCAGAAAGUUGUGCAGUGAGCCAGCCCUGUUCUUCCGCCACUGCUUUGUGCACAACUUGUGCCCGUUGAUUUUUAUGAAUGCCAGUGGGAAGAAUCUAACUCCCCCUGAGCUGCCUGCAGCUGAACGAGAUCAUCUCCUGGCCCUGUGUGACAUUGCACUGUGCCAGGCCGUGGAGGUACUGGGCGUCUCCAUGGUGAUUGGGAUUGGAAGGGUGGCAGAGCAGCGGGCACGGCGAGCUCUUAUUGCUGCAGGUACCACUGUGCGAGUUGAGGGCAUCAUGCAUCCGUCGCCUAGGAACCCACUGGCCAAUAAGGGCUGGGAGGAAGCAGUCAAAGCCAAACUGGCAGAUCUGGGUGUUAUAUCGCUGCUGAGCAACACAUGAACUAAUCAGAGGAGUUCAAGUAAAAGACUCAGGGACUGCAAGAUUAAAUUUGUGUGAUUUGAUCAGUGCUACACUGCACUACUGACAGGUGCAGGCCCACUUUGCCCUCACGUCAGCAAGUGUGUCUGAGCAAAGGUUUCCUCUUCACUGACAGAAGCUUCAAACAACUCUAAGACGCGUACGCCGACUCUGUCCUGCAUGUUUUCUUCUUGUUAAAAGAACAGUCUGUCUUUUCAAUGUGAGAUGGGCAUUGUGUAUAGUUCAGAGGAUGGAGCAUGGUAAUAGGUUCAGGGCCAUUUUUCUGAAAAUAUUUCUACACUAAUUUACCUAUAAGGUGCUACAUAUUGAAUGUAUUGUGAAUGAUUGUGAACAUUAAAUGUUUAAGUGUUUAAAUCAGGUAAACCUGCUGGUCAAACUUGGUAAAAUUAUUUUAUAAAGAGGUCUGUUCUUAAAAUGAAUAUGUCAGCAUGUGGACUAAUGUGAACUCUCAUUUCAACUGAGGAAGCAAAAUAAGUGCAUAUUUUACAGGUGUUCUGUAGCUUGUGACCAGUGAUGCUACAGAGCUGAGAAACAAGUCUGACAUUACAAACUAUAGGUCUGCUGUUUAAAAACUGUUUUAGAGGACUACACUUCCCUUGUUUUCCUAAAUGUUCUUUUCAAUUGUAAUUUAUUUUGAUAAUGUAUUUUAUUCAUUUACACACACUUUUCCCCCGAGUUUUACCGAUUCUGUGAAUUUCUCUUCAGCACCCUUGAGACCAAGAGCUUCCUGUUUAAGUUAAUACAGAAUUAUGAAUUUUUUUUCCCUUAUACUGCAAAGACGAAGGCCUGCUGACAACAAAGGCAAAUAUUUAGCAUGUUAGCAUGGAAAAAUGCUAACCUUUAGCAUGCCAUUGAAUCAUGCAAAAUGUUAUAAAAUGCUAAAGCUGAAGAGGAAGGAGUUUAAGUUAUCAUGCAGUGUUGGACAAGUGGAUAUUUUCACCUGCUGGUGGAGACAUGAAAACAUCUUGACAGAUCCCAGUAGACAUAACAUUAAAAAUAAUGGCUGAAUUCAUGUAGCUUCUCCAGUGUCAGAGUCAUAGUGUUGUGCAUGCUGGGGCACUGGGAUAUGCGAGUAGAGCAGAGCAGAGCAGAGCAGAGCCAUCACUUAUACUGUUGCUGCUGCUGUGACAAGUCACAAUGUGUGUGUGCUGUGAAAAAUAUUUUUGACCAUGUGAAUCCCCAGACACACCCAAACCAUCACUUGUUGAAUGUGAACUGCCAUGUAAAAAGUGUUCACAAGUGGGACCACACUUCUUACACAAUCAGAGAUAAACUAUAAGAAAAAAAGCUUAGUGUUGUGUGUCUAAGCUGUCUCCAAGUUACCGCUGAUGAGUUUCAAACCAAACACUGUUGAUCAUUUUUCAAGUCUGUCAGGGCCUGUUUUUACAGAGCUGGAUGAAUGAAUCAGGAUAGUGUUGUUUUUAAGAGAACUGUUUAGCUGUGAGGAUCCUGCCCCCCCUCCACUAACAUUACUGAGAAUUGCAAUGAACAACAACAACAACCAGCAGCAGAUCCUGUGUCCUUUUAACUAUGGGACAUGAAGUCUGCAGCACUGCUUUGCCAUAUGAUAAGUUAUGUGCUCAUGAACUGCAUCUCCCAUGAGUCACCACAUGGUUCAGGAGAUAUUGUGAAACUCUUGCACCUGACAGGACUGAUCACUAUCUUCAGAUGAAUCUACAGAUCUGUCCUGCAUGAUCCAGCAGAAGAGACAUCACGUUCAUCUCUCAGCAGAAUCGGAUUACAUGGUAUAACCUCAGCACACAGAAG